AUCGACUAUAGAUGGCGCUCUUUCGCGGCUUGUUUGAACCACGUGUUCAUAGAAUAGAAAGAUGGCAAAUUCUGCAGGGAAGAGACUGCAAACUUACGACUUGUUCGUCGGAAAUUUGCCUCUAGAUGCUGACGAAAAAUUUGUUGGUAAAUUGUUUUCAAAGUUUGGAGAAACCAAAGGCAUAUUUGUAAAGGAUUCAAACACAAUUCCAAAGAAACGAUUUGCCUUUGUGAACUUUCUGUGUGAACCAGACGCUGAACAGGCUGUGAAAGAGAUCAAUGGACAGAAUAUGAAUGGAAGCAAACUGGUUGUAAGGCGACAAGAAUCUAGAAAAAGAGUUCCAAACAAAAGAGAGAAUGAUGAUAAGUCGAGAGCAUCUCAAAAUGACUAUGACACAUCUUCUGUCUCCUUGGGUGGAUGGAGCUCUGCAGGAGAGGUAAUAAAAGACGAUGUAUUAACCCCUUUUUUGUACAGCACUGGCAUGAAGGAGAUCGUGAUUGCGACAUACGUGGAGAACCCGGUCACUGUGUGGAUUCAGACCGUGACAGAAGAGAACACCUCACAUUUAACAAACAUCAUGGAACAACUGGUGGCCUGUUGUCCUGCCGCUCCCAAAGUCAAGGGCAUUCCACAGACUGGCAAGGUGUAUGCUGCUAUGUUCUCGGAGGAUGGUGAAUGGUAUCGAUGUAUUGUUAAACAGUCAUUCGGAAGUGAAAUCCUGAAAGUUCAGUAUAUUGAUUUUGGCAAUACAGAGGAAAUUCAAGCCAGUGCACUUUUGGAAAUUCCACCUACUGUUGCCUCACACAAACCUAUGGCUUACAAAAUUGUUUUGCACAACACAAAGGCUAAAGAUGUCACAGACCAAAAUGGCAUUCGUUUUUUGAAAAAAUUAACAGAAAAUCGACAACUUCUUGCGUACAAAAUGAAGCAAUUGCAGGAUGGAACAGGAUUCUACGGCUAUUUAUCUAUAGAGGGUGAUCCUGUGAAUAUUAACGACAAAGUUGUCAAUGAAGGAUUUGCCAGUAAGCGUCCAUCUAUGGGGUUCCGAGGAGGGGGAGGAGAAAGUCCAUCACACAGUAGUGUGUCUUCGCUUGCACAUGCCCAUAUGGCUGGAGAUGAUGGCAGUAUGGGAAGCAAUAACAGCUUGAACAGUUACAUUGCGAAUGAAUCCGGAUACAGUCGUUCUUCCAGUAACAGUCCUAAGCUGAUGAAUCAUAAUGUAAACAAACUGCAGUACUCUGGAAAGUCCCCUCAGAACAGUAUCAUGCCAUCGUCAUUCAAUUUCCCUCCACCAUUGAUGAAAUCAAAGUACACCUCCCCUAAUAAAGGCAUGAACAAUUUCUACAAUGCCAACUCAACAGACAGUGGUUCUGGUCAGCCGAGGGCUGAGGAAAUAGCACACCAUUUAGAAAUCCAAAAGACGCUACAGAAUGACGUAAGCAAGAAGAAGAGAGAGAUUGAUAAACUGAGAACAGACCUGGCUCGUAAGGAGCUGGAGCUUCAACAAGCCUCGUCUAAUAAAGUACAGAUUCGAUCUGUGGUUGAGCUAGCAAAGAAAGUUAAAAGUCUCAGGUUGCAGUUUCCCACAGGUCGGGCCAGUGGUUUGGAUGAGGCUGUAGAGUUAGCCUUGUCCGGAGAAAGGAUCACCAACUCCUCAGCUACCAGCCUACAACAAGUCAUCACUGCUGUAUCCACCUAUCGGGCGUUACAAAAGGAAAUAUGCAACGCCAAAGACAUGGAGGAGUUGGAUUCUUUAGUAGAGACUAGAGAUUUGGCAAGGAAGAAUCUGCAUGAGAAACUGACAGAUUGUGUACAAGAGCUGGAAGUUAUGCCGCUGGAUGAUAGACACAACUGUGUCUCGAAAGCAGAGGCAAAAGUGACCAGUAAUUAUAAAGCAUUUAUGCACAUCAGUGUUCAUGGAUGCCCAAGCUUGGAAGACUUAAUGCAUGGUUUUAAAGAUUGGAAGAUUAAGAAGAGGGAAGAAUUUUCUUGUGUUCGAGAAAAUUCUAACAUGUGUGCACAAGAAGUCGCCAAAGCUUUCCGUCAGAUAGAGGGAAUGAUGGAUUUAGAGGCUGAAGACUGUGCAGAAAAUGUGAAUUUUGAAAUCAACACUUUGUUGAAAACCUACAUGCAGGCACUUCAGCAGGAAAUAGCCAUAACAGAUAUGGAGCGUAGUCAAGAUUCCAGUUUAGUUGCUACGGUGCUGACAGCCAUUUUAAAUGAACUCCAUGGUGAAAUAGCAGUGCUGGAUAACUUCAGACAGUUUAUGGCCGAGUUCUCACAAAUGAAGGCUGGAAUAGAGCCUUGGUUAGACAGCAAGCCAAACUUUGAUGGCGUCCAGGAAUGCAGGAAAAACAUCCGUGCGCUGAAAUCCAAGCUACGUCAUAAAGAGGCAGACAGACAAGACUUUGAGGAGAGUGGGGAAAACGAAGAAGAAAAAGUAGUUAAGGCAGAAAUACAAGGAUUACAGUACCAGCUUCACCAAUCUCUAGUCACCCAUGACCAGCUUGUGCUGGAUUUAGCCAAGAUCGCGGAUUCUCACUUCCCUGAGCUCCUGGUUAAACAUCAUGAUACAGGAAUUAGAACAUACCUGGAUUACAGCGGCAUUGUUAAGACGGGAUGGGAGAUGGAACAUUUUGCUCUAACUCCAGCUGUCAGACCAGGAAUGUAUUCCAGCACAUUUUGUGGCAAUCCAGUUUAUGUUCAGGAAUACCAUAUAGGAGACAGUGAACACUUAAGGAAGGAAGAUUUUCUUGCCCAGAUUAUGGCAUAUUAUAGCAUUUGUUCUGAUUGUCUCGUAGCUGUUCAGGCUGUAUUCUUCACAAAGAAUGAGAGAAUUGGGUAUGUAAUAUUAAAUGCAGAAGAAAUGCGGGAUUUGGAGACUUUUAUGAAUGAACCAGGAUUUGAUGACAAGAGAAGGCAGAAGAUAGCUAGAGGUGUGACAUCUGCACUGAAUACACUGCACCAACAUGGAUUUGUACAUGGAGAGGUCAAUCCCCAGAACGUGGGGGUCAUGUCAGAUGGGGCAGCUGUGCUUUUGUGUCCAGACUUUUCUAGGUCACUGUUUGACAGAACUAAGAGAGGGUAUAUGACCAGCCAUGGGAUGAUGUUUCAGGCACCAGAGAUCUUGAAUACCCAUCAGAGUGCACCAGUCCAGAUCACAACCAAAACAGAUCUUUAUCUCCUAGGAUUGGUCAUUUUAUAUCUCCAUCAUCCAAGAUCUGUUAUCCCAGCAUCAAGGGAUGGAACUCCAAACCUGGCAGUCCUGUCACUGGAUUCAGAGACUGGUAGUUUGCUGUACAAUCUGUUGUGUGGAAAGCCUGACAUGAGAAUUGCAGCGAGUCAUUUGUUGAAGUCUGGAUAUUUAACUCGCACCUUUAAAGAUGUAUCACUUUCACCAUCAUUAGAUAGAAGUGCUGAGCUGGAGCAAGAGUCGUAUGAUCCAUUUCAAGAUGUGGUAGAUUCUACUCAGCCUCAACUGACAGAUGAGCUAAAGGUAGCCAGCCAGUUUACCGAUUCUACUCAGCCUCAACUGACAGAUGAGCUAAAGGUAGCCAGCCAGUUUACUGAUGGCACUUCUGAGGAGGAAGAAGUCCCGUUGAGCAACACACAAGAGCAGUUACAGAGAGGUAGUGGCCCUGCCUCACACAGCAAUGUUGUUAGUCAGGAGUCCUUCGAGGCUCAAAGUGUUGCUCAGAAAUUUCAGGAACAGUUGCAGGUUGAUGCAGUUCAGGCAUGCAGUGGCGGAGAAGACUUAUCUCCCUUACUACAGAAUCCGAGUUGUAUGGAUUUUAAUGCUCAGAAUCUCAGCAGCAAUGGAUUGGGUGACGUGAUCAGUCAGUCUGUAAAACAUGAUUCUAUUGGUUGUCCGAAACAAGAAGACAGUGCACUAAUGAGUGACUCUGUUGGAUUGACUGUGGAAGAGGCAGGAGAAAUGACAGCUAGGCUAGAACAAAAUGCUAAGACCCUUGCCUAUGACAUUCCAAAUUCCCUUGGAAAUAGUGCUAUGUCAUUACCCAGCCCCAAAUCAGAAAAUGGUAUUGCUGACGAAGAUAUAAAAGAAGCCCCAGUUCAUAUUUCAGGCACUUCAUCUCCAGCUGAAGGCAUGAUGACCCGAGAAAAAUUGCCCACAAAUGUAGACAAGCUCGUAAAAUCUCUCUCGGCAUUGAAGGACAGAGGACAAUUAAUCAGGAACAUACAGGAAAACAAUGUCCAGAUCUAGUUUUAUGCGAUCAAAGCUUGAAACGAAGACAGCUUAAAAUCAUGUUGAGGGAACAUCUGGUCUUGAAAGUCAAGAAUCUGAAGUUUAAUAAGCUCUACUGGGACCAACAACAGUCAGUAGCGUGUUGUGAUAUUUCUGUAAGAGAUUCAGCAGCAGCUAUGUUGUACUCUAAUAGGUUCUUAACCAUUUUUUCCCCCCUAACUUCAUCAGUAAAUGAAAAAGAUUUUUCAUGGGUAAAUUGUUCAAUUUAGUAGUUUUGUUUUAUGGGUUUUUUUUAAAAAAAAAAGACCAGAAGCUCUUUUUGUAUGUUUAUUAUACAUUUUUCACUGCCUAUGUUUUUGUAUGUGAUUGUUUUUUAUAUUUGAUAAAAGUAUUCAGGAUAACUUGUGUUAUAUUUGAUAUAAGUACAAUUGUAUUUAGGAUUAAAGGAUGAUUUUUGUG